CUAAAGCUGAAGCUCUGAAGCUUGAAGCUUGAAGCUUGAAGUCUCAGAUCUCAUUAAUCAUUCUCCGGCUGCCACGCACCCGGGUAAGGCAAUUGAACUCACUCUUACUAUGUACGUGCCGGUGCAUACUACAUGCUACUAGUAUAGCGCCACCCGCUGCUACUGUGACCGUGACUUGAACGCGCUAACAUCAACGAACAAUAGUGCCGAGUCGAACUAAGUUACAGCAAUGUCGACACCGUUGAAACGCCCACGUGUCGACAGCGAUCCUCAAGAGGAUACGAAAACAGGCCUAGUCAAAGACAAGGAAGCGUGGUUCCACGACGGAAACAUCGACAUCGUUGCGGGCGGGAUUGCCUUUCGCGUCCACCGCAGCGUUCUCUCCAUCCAUUCCGAGCUAUUCCGCGACAUGCUAUCCAUACCGCAACCCACGGACAAGGGAAGCUCCUGUGACAUCCCGUCCGUGGAAGUCACAGAUUCCGCAGACGACAUGCGGCACUUGUUACUCGCUCUCUACUUCAAUAACGAGUGCUUCAGACCACACAAGACCGUCAAGUUCAAAGUUGUCGACUCACUUAUCCGCCUUGCACACAAGUACCAGGUCAAGAGCGUGUUGGACGAUGCCAUGACCCGCCUGAAGGCAUACUACCCAGAUGACAUGGAUCAGUUCAUCAAAGUGCUGAACGAUCCGCCUGUCUCCCCCCUUCUGCAGCACGACUCUAUGGACUCUCUUCAAGUCAUCCGAAUCGCACGGCUCACCGGGGACACAGCACUCUUACGCCCCGCGUUCUACCUCCUGUGCCAGGCUAUAGACUACCCGGGCCCUCAGACUGACCGUGCCAGUGACGGACCGACGGACUCCGACGAAGACAUCGCACGGGCCAUUGUGGGUAUCAAGGGUAUGCAAAGGGCGACCGACGAUGUGCGUGAGGAGGCUUCCGAGCCAUGCGGGUCAAUGGAAUGCUACAUGUCUCAGUGUCGAGGGGCCCUCAAGUCGAUCCAUAGAACUUACCGUGACGUGUGUGCGGAUUCCGAAGACCGUGAUGCAUUCCGUUGUAUGGAUCUAGAUGAUUGGGCGGAGAUCCUGUGCAGGUGUUGUAUGGAGACUGUCAAGGAGAGGGAGAAUGCGGCGCAGUACCGAGUUUGGGAAGACCUACCGACGAUAUUCAACUUCAGAGUAUAGCGUGCGUAUUCGGCGUCGUAUUCAAUAGAUUUGGGCCGUGUGUUAUCCUCA